AAUUUUACAACAUUAAAAUAGACUAGUCAUUUUUUUCUCCAUUUUACAGAACAAGUGAGGGCUCAAGGAAGUUUAAUUACUCAAAUGUCCCAGUCAGCGAGUGCUGACUUUGGAAUUUAAAUCCUGGUGGAUGCAACCACCCUCUGCCUAAAACAGUGCCUGGCGCAUAGUAGGAGUUCAGUAAAAAUUUCAGAAGAGCCAGGGAUCGUUUUCUCCUAGGAUGCCCGCAUAUCCUCAGGAUGUACAGGAACAGGCCCACCGCCCCGCUACUGUGAGGCCACCGCGGUCGCCUGGGCCGGGACCGGACCCGGCGCCUCCUCUGGGUUGGGCCCCGCGGGCAGGCGGGGCUCUGUGGCCAUUGGCUGGCGCGCACCGGAGGGCGGGGAGCGGCGCCGAGGGGACUGUUUGCUCCUACGGGCUGUAGAUGGAGCUGUCCCGCCCCGGCAAGGGGGAAGCCGCCUGGAAAACGUUCUUCCUCUGCCUGGCCGGCCCGAGCGGGGAACAGCGCUCCCAGGAUGCAGUUUGUGUCAACACGGCCGCAGCCUCAGCAGCUGGGCAUCCAGGGCCUGGGGCUGGACAGCGGGAGCUGGAGCUGGGCCCAGGCGCUGCCCCCAGACGAGGUCUGCCACCAGGAGCCGGCGCUGCGCGCGGAGAUGGCCGAGGGGAUGCCGCCCAUGCAGGCUCAAGAAUGGGACAUGGAUGCCCGGCGACCAAUGCCUUUUCAGUUCCCACCCUUCCCAGACCGAGCCCCUGUGUUCCCUGAUCGAAUGAUGCGUGAGCCACAGUUGCCCACGGCAGAGAUCUCGCUGUGGACGGUGGUGGCCGCCAUUCAGGCAGUGGAGCGAAAAGUGGAUGCCCAGGCCAGCCAGCUGCUCAACCUGGAGGGCCGCACGGGGACGGCAGAGAAGAAGCUGGCCGACUGCGAGAAGACAGCAGUGGAGUUCGGCAACCACAUGGAGAGCAAGUGGGCCGUGCUGGGGACCCUGCUGCAGGAGUACGGGCUGCUGCAGCGGCGGCUGGAGAACCUGGAAAACCUGCUGCGCAACCGGAACUUCUGGGUGCUGAGGCUGCCCCCAGGGAGCAAGGGCGAGGCCCCCAAGGUUCCAGUGACUUUUGUGGACAUUGCUGUCUACUUCUCCGAGGACGAGUGGAAGAACCUGGAUGAAUGGCAGAAGGAGCUGUAUAACAACCUUGUGAAGGAGAACUACAAAACCCUGAUGUCCUUGGAUGCUGAAGGCCCCAUGGCCAAGCCCGAUGCACCAGCCCCUGUGGAGACCAGGGAAGAGCCUUGUGUGUGGGAGCAGCGUCACCCGGAAGAGAGAGAGAUCCCAGUGGACACAGACACAGGAGCAGAGCCCCUGGCGCCUGCCCAGGAUGCAUCCUCCCAGGUGAAGCGAGAGGAAGCACUGUGUACCCGGGGCCAGCGGGGCUUGGAGGACAGAGCCAUUCCCACGGAAUCCAUCACCGACUCCCCCAUCUCUGCCCAGGACCUCUUGUCCCGGAUUAAGCAGGAGGAGCCACAGUGUGUGUGGGACCAGCAGGAUUUGGCAGAGAGAGAUAUUCCCACAGACCCCAAUUCAGAGUCUCUCAUCUCAGCACACGACAUUUUGUCCUGGAUCAAGCAGGAGGAGCAGCCAUACCCGUGGGGCCCACGAGACUCAAUGGAGGGCGAGCUUGGCCUGGACUCUGGCCCCAGUGACAGCCUGCUGCUGGUGAAGAACCCACCCCCAGCUCCUCCGCAACCCCAGUCCCAGCCCCAGCCCCAGCAGCACCCGCAAAGCCUGCCGGCGCUGGCGGUGCCUGAGACCCCCAGUGGCCCCGCCAGCCGUGCACUGCUGGACGACAGCUUCUCGGUGUUGCCCGGGGACCGUGGCGCAGGCGAGGCACAGGCAGGCGCAGAGGGGGGCGCAGGUGGCAGCGGCAGUGGGUGCAGUGGGGGCCCCAACGGAGGCCCCGGAGCUGGAGGUGGUUGCGGUAGCUGCUGCCCCGGUGGUCUGCGGCGGAGCCUCCUGGCACACGGUGGCGCACGCAGCAAGCCCUACUCGUGCCCGGAGUGUGGCAAGAGCUUUGGGGUGCGCAAGAGCCUCAUCAUCCACCACCGCAGCCACACCAAGGAGCGGCCCUAUGAGUGCGCAGAGUGCGAGAAGAGCUUCAACUGCCACUCGGGGCUCAUCCGCCACCAGAUGACACACCGCGGUGAGCGGCCCUACAAGUGCUCAGAGUGCGAGAAGACCUACAGCCGCAAGGAGCACCUGCAGAACCACCAGCGGCUGCACACGGGCGAGCGGCCCUUCCAGUGCGCGCUGUGCGGCAAGAGCUUCAUCCGCAAGCAGAACCUGCUCAAGCACCAGCGCAUCCACACGGGUGAGCGGCCCUACACGUGCGGCGAGUGCAACAAGAGCUUCCGCUACAAGGAGUCGCUCAAGGACCACCUGCGUGUGCAUGGCACGGGCCCGGGCCUGGGCGCCCCACCGCGGCAGCUCCCAGCACCGCCAGAGCGAGACUAGGGCUGGGCGGGGGCGGUGAAGGCUCCAGGCGCCUUCCCGCCCUCUCGCCUAUCGCCAUCCGCUGGGAUUGCACUCCAGACAGGGUCCCCCGAAGGCUGGGCAGGGAUAUCCCAGACCUGUCCUGCCUGAAUGCACAGCCCAGCACAUCUCCUAAGAGUGGCCGGAGAAGGUGCCAGAGGACUGGCCAGGGGCAGGGGCCAGUGGACGCACUCCCACAGACCACCGAGCCACGGUGGUAGGGGAGACCCCAUUGGCCACAGGGGCUGCAGAUAUGAUGGAGGAAGCAACCGGGGAGUUUUGACACCGGCCUAAAAUAAGCAAGUGAGACCCACCCUAAGGUAGGGGGUGCCCUGGAGAGGGAAAUGAAGGUGCAAUGAAUGGGAAGGGAGGCGAGGGAUGCGCUAAGGGUGCUGUCAUCCCCAGGACGACACUGCCUCGCGUUUUAAUGGCGCUUUAUACUUUUUAAAAAGUGUUUUCUAUCGUUAUCUUUUCACCCUUAGCCUGUCCCUCUGAGAGAGGUGUGGUAGGGUUUUCCUGAUGUGGUAACUGAGGAGAGGGAGAUACAGGGAAGGUGGGGUUCUCCACGAUCACUCCAGAAGGGCGUGGUGAAGUCCCCACGGCACACACACUGCCUACCUCCGUCCUUAGGGGACACUCUGGCCUUCCUGUUCUCUCUACCACCCCUUUCCUCUUGGCCACCCCUCUCCUGACAAAUCAGAAGCAUCAGGGGCCAAUUCCUGGGGUUACUGGGAACAUGGGACAGACUGGCUACUGAAAUGCCUGGGCACAGUGCCUGGGUACUUGCGUCCAGUCCGCAGACCUGCCCUCCACCUCCAGCCCCUGGCCCCUGAAUCUGGUGCAGCAGAAGCUUUUCACUGCACAGUAGGGCUCUACCCUCCAGAGGCAGCGGUGCUGCGGGUUCAAACAGCCAUCAAAGAAUGAGUCUGCCCAGGAGAGCCGGGCAGCUGGGUGCUAGAGUCUGAGCCCCAGUCUCCUGCCCUGGGUCUCCCAAUUGGUGCUAUCUGUUCACUGACCAUAUUUAUGGACAUGGACACAGACUCUACUGUCCUGUGCCCCUGCAGGCGCCUUGGGAAGCGCCCAAAGGACUCCCUUUCCCAUUGGUGCAUUGCUCCGUGGCUUGGGGCAUUGUGGCCCCAGGGGCCACAGUUUCCAUUUCAGCAUCUUGCAUGGCCAGACACUGGGGUGGGGUGACAGCCCGGGACCCUCAGUUGUGUCAAAAAUGGCUUUUCCUGCUCCUCCCAUGGAUUCUGCUUCUCUCCCAGCCCAGGGGUGCAGUGGACAGCCAGCACUGGGUGGCGCUGUGUCUGUGGUGGCAGCACAUCUGUGAGCUCUGCUUCUGACCUGCUCGUCUGUGCUGCUCCACCUCCCACAGAUUCCACCCCGCCUUUUUUUUCUUUUUCUUUUCUUUUCUUUUUCUUUUUUUGCCGUGCAAAGGGAAUUCCUAAAAUUAAAGAAAAGGUAAUCCAGAUUGCAGACUGCAUGUUCACCAAGCUGGAGGGUUCUCCAGCGUGGCACCCCACAGUAAAGCCUCAAUGAACUGGAAUCCA